AUGGUUCGACCGCUACUCUUAUUUCACCACCUAUCUACCUCCUCUCAAUCCAGCUAUGUUGCAGCGACCCUUCUCUUGUGUGCCUUUGCGCUCUUCGCAUGUGCCUCUCACUCGCGCAAAUGGCGUCGCCAAUGGAGAGCUUGCUAUGGCUAUGGUAACUUCAACAACGGUCCUGUCAUACAACACAACAAUGAAGAGAUGAUUCGUGGGUUCCAAUUCGGCAAUGGAGGCGAAGAAGGAAGCAUGUGUGGUAGAAGUGGUGAAUUGUCAGUUUGGAAGAAGAACAUACUCAUGGGUGGGAAGUGCCAGCUCCCGGAUUUUUCUGGGGUCAUUAUAUAUGACUCUGCUGGGAAUAUUGUUCCUGCUGCUAAAGCUUCUCUCGCUUUCCCAUGGAAAUGA